AUGCGACCGGCUCUUCUUCGACUCCUGAAGAGGCCGUCUGCCAUCUCGGUUCUCGACUCCCUCGCAGCAACACCGACCGGAAUCGAGCAGUUGGAGUCAAGAUACGCGCGCCUACGAUGUCAAUCUCGAUGUGCUCAUCAAGAGGCACUGGACGAUAACGUGGGAAAUGACUCUGCAGUGCAGGGAGUCGAAACUCGACAGCAGACCGUAGGCGAGAGGCGGCCCUUCAAUUUUCCUAUCUAUGAGAUCGAACCCUCGGAGCCAGAUCGACGUCCAAUCUCCUCGACCCUUACGAACCAAACGAGCGAGAAUCCCGAUUCGAAAUACGCGAUUAAGUCAUUACGCCUACAUCCGGAGAGACUGGAAUUUGAGUCGGACGUUGGCCACUGCGAUGAUAUUGGGACACGCCUGGUCGACCGUGCGGAGAACAAAGAUGAUUUUGAGCUUUGGGAGGAACUUUUGAAGUAUCGCCAGCGACAUUAUGGUGACAAGGGAACACAAGAUAUCUGGGAAGGACUGACAGUCCGUCUCCGCGGAGUCUGGCUACCGGUAAAUGGAGAACGGGCCGACUUCUUCUGGCAGAGCUUCGUAAAACUGGGGUUAAGACGAGAUCUUUUCCUCAUUGAUGUGAUGAAAUAUGCGAUGGAUUUACACAGACGAGAAGGCAAAUCUUGGCCACGGCUCUACGAAAGUGUCGUGGGUGGCCUUCUCAACCGGGGUUUGACGAAGCGAGCUUUACGAUGGAACAAAAAUUUUCAAGCAUCCGGCCUGGCCUCCCCGGACGAUGUCCUGCAAGUUCUCCUACCAAUUAUUCGUCCGACAUCGCUUGUGGAAAGUGCGCGCGACUGGUAUCAUGUGAAGGCUGUCAGACCUUCCUUGCUUCUGCGGACCUUUCGACUUUUGUGUCGCUCGGCCGAAGGCCACCAGAUUUAUGGGCGGGUUAUGUCGACAUUGAUUGACCAAGGCUACGGCGAGGGCGCAAUCUCAAUACACCCGUUUUUGGUCGCGCGCAAUGAUCACCCAAAAUCGCGCAACGAAAUACAACCGUUGUUGGAUUAUGCCCGAAUGUACGGGUUCUGGGACGAAAACCAAAAACUCCAGGACUAUGCCAAAAAACAGUUCGAGUCCAAACCCACAGAUCCGUCCGGUGACAUUUCCGAGAGGACCAAGGAGCAUGCGCCCGAUGGGACGCCUUUCAAAGAUGAUAUUGGAGCUCGAUUGCUCGCCACUCGCGCCCUAAACUUUGACAUGGUGCUCGGUGGUCUGAAGAUGCUUGGCGUAUCAGCAAUCGGCCCACGGAGCUUACGUGAGUUAGCCAUCAGAGCGCAUGGGAGCCAGGAUAUCCUGGAGAAAAUCAAGACACUCCGGCAGGCCGGCAUCUCCAUUGGAGAUUCUAUCUUUGCUCGAUUGGUCCAAAGAUUGGCAUCACAAAAUCGCGACAUCCUCCUUUCCGACCUGCUAAUGAGUGACCAGCACCCUGAUGUGCUCGAAGACAAGGCCAUGCAGGAAUCACUGCUCAUCUCCUACUACAUUGCUCGUGAUAUGCAGCAGUACAACAUGGCACUUACGGUACUUGCAGAGCUGCACCCAGAAGACCCAGACCUGUUGGAUAUCCAUUUCCGCAAGCACAUAACUGCCAACGAUCUGGGAGCGGCGUCCAAGAUUGUCGACGAGCUGACGCUGCGCGGGAAGCCUCUCAGUGAGGACAGCCUGGAUUUCAUGGCCGAGAAGGUUUUAACGCCUCGCCGACCUAAUCAUCGCCCAAACUCACCGCCCGGGCAGCCACUGGACACCAAGCGUGAAGUCAUGUUCAUCUUCCGGGCUCUGCAGCGCUCCGUUCCGUUGGGUGGUUAUGUCAAUCCAUUCUUCUGGAAGGAGAUGCUCAAACGCCUCGGCAUGGAAGGUCAUUGGGCCGAGCUUCGAGAAUGUUGCUUAUGGCUGGCUCGUCAAUAUGGGACCCGAAACAGUGAUUUCUGGGGAACUACGCCCGCUGGAACACCAAAGGGACAGGAUGACCGGAUGCUGAAGCUCAUUUUUAGCCCGCCAAUGCAAACCGCGCUCGUGGCUUGGGGGUUCAAGUCGCAAGUGACUAGCGCAACUGCAGUCAAGGCCAUCUGUUUCCAUCCCACUACCAAUGAACCUCUCAUUCCAUGGGUUCGUGGACUUCUCCUUCUACGAGAACUGGAACAAGCCGGUCUCGUCCUCCAGAAGCGUGUCAUCAUCGAGGCCACUCGGCAGCGCCUGGCCACUUUGUUUGGUCGAUUCAGUCUUUCUCAUUCUCGCUUGAACCGGGUGCUGCGACGACAGAAUCCGUACCGGUGGCAGCGCGUGGUGGGAGAUAUCUUACGUGCGUGGGGUGAUCCGUCUUUCUUCGGUGGAUUGGAGAAAAUCGAGCCAACCAAAUUGAUGAAUCCCGGUCGAACCCCGUCCUCGCUGCGACGUUCCGCUCAGACGGUUUGGCCGAGGAAACGGAGUCGAUGA